UCUCUACUCCCCAUACCCUCCCCACUUGUGCCCAGGAAGCGAUGAUACAGCUGUGAACAUACACAGUUCCCAAUAAAAAGACGUUGAUACUUCAUAAAAAUGGCGAGCGUCCAGCCAGGCUAUUCUCAUGGCGACCUGCAUGACGACGAAUCACUCCUGGACGAUGACCUGAUUGAAGCCGACCACGAUAUCGAGGCCGAUGAUCCCUUACACACGUCCGACACAGCCCCUCUGCGAGGCAACAUCGCACCCGACUCUGGCUCCCGAGGCAGCCGCGUAGACGGCUAUGGCAACUACCUGACCUCCUCGAUUCCAGGUGAGGAUCGCCGCGCGACACAAAAUACCAUCGAUGAGACCGUGUGGGCAACCCUAUCGCGCGACCUGAUCGCCGUCUGGGAAAAGAUGCGCCAGGUGCUCUGGCCUAAAUACCUGCUGGGCGGUAUACUGCAGCGCGGAGGGGGAGGUAUGGGUGAUGCCGCCGAGCGAGGCGAGGCAUCUGGAUUCGGUCGCAACCUGCGCGGGUUCGUAGGUCGCUGGCCAGAUGCCGAUGUGGUUCUGCAGGGCGGUAUGAGUGAAGGGUUGCGCGACUGGGAUCUUUGGGGCCCGCUUGUCUUCUGUUUGGUUCUGAGUUUAUUCCUAUCUGUCGCGAAGGGCGACCAGGCCUCGUUGGUAUUCUCCGGUGUCUUCUGUAUCGUCUGGAUCGGAGAAGCAGCGGUCACUCUGCAGAUCAAGCUUCUUGGCGGAAAAAUCUCCUUCUUCCAGUCAAUCUGCAUCAUCGGUUACACACUCUUCCCACUGGUCAUUGCGGCACUCCUUAGUGCCUUGGGCCUUCCAACAAUUGCCAGAAUACCCGUCUACCUCGUCUUUGUAGCAUGGUCAUUGGCUGCGGGCGUUAGUAUCUUGGGUGGCUCGGGCGUGGUGCGCAACCGUGUCGGCAUCGCGGUAUAUCCCCUGUUUGUGUUUUAUAUUGCGAUUGGAUGCCUCUGUUUCAUUAGUUAAGAGUGUGAAAGUGCCCCACGUGCCCUCGCCUAGAGCGAGGGACUUUGCGCUUUUUCAUGUUGAGUUCGGACUCGAGUGGAUCGAACUCAAGCUUCCUCCGCGUGAAUUUGUGAUUGAUGCGUGUACACAAUUUUCCCUGUAGCGGCUGCUUUUCCAGAAUACCGACAUUUCUCUUUGCAUCAUUAAAUACGCUGGAUUGUUCUCAUCCUUCAAUUUGAUUACUAACAUCAUUUCUUUGGGUGCUACCUGCUAUGGGGGACAGUUAUUCU